GUAAACAAAUACACAUACAUAAUAGUAAACUAUUAGGUUUUCUCAAAGGGUUUUCUGUAUAAUAAAAGCUCCUGUAUUGUAAUACAAUGAAGUAUUCGAUGACAAUAGGCAAAAAGGGAAAUUAUUUUGUAGCCAUAACGUAGAUACGUAUUGUGUUUGUGUGGUGUAUCAAAAUAAAUAAGCUACAGGUCAAGGUUCCAGAUGCCAGAAUUGACGGUGACAUCGGAAAUAUAUGAGGAGUAUGAUUAUAGAACUAAAAUAUCACCAAGCACUGAAGGAAAUGUGAUAUCAGAGUUCCCAUUCCUGUUGCCGCCGUUACGAAGCAAUGCAACUUUUGAUGACGAUGAUGAUCUGGACAUAGAGAGGCCACUGAAAGAAGUUAUCAGAAUAGAGCACAGUUCGAAAACGAAAAUAGCGCUGGUUGGCUUACAAGUAUGGCGGGGCGCUUUCCUACUCGGUGAUUGGUUGAUACACCUAGGCUUGAAAGGCGAGCUAGUCAAUAGGAGCGUUCUAGAACUCGGCGCGGGAACUGGACUCACUAGCUUUGUUGCUGCUUUAUAUGCUAAGAAGGUUGUAUGUACAGAUAUUGAUGUCGGCGGUAUCCUAGAACUUAUAAAAUUAAAUGCGAAGUACAAUAAGAAGUUUAUAAAGUCUCAGUUCAAAGUGAUGCCUCUGGAUUUCACUGAGACUACUUGGAGUUCUUCAUUGUUAAGCGAAAUUAAACAAGCUAGCAUUAUUAUAGCUGCUGAUGUAAUUUACGAUGAUGACAUCACAGCGGCUUUUGUGUCAACCAUCCAGAAGAUUCUCAACACAGAACCACCGAAAACUUUAUACAUGGUGUUAGAAAAGCGAUAUGUGUUCACGAUAGAGCACCUCGACUCCGUCGCGCCCUGCUACGAGACAUUCCUCUCUCUCAUCGACAAAGUCAAGACAGAGAACCCACAUUCCACCUGGAAGCUAGAACUACUGCCUCUAGACUUCCCCAAGUAUUUCACAUACGAUCGCGUCAAAGACCUAGUUCUAUGGAAGAUAUCUUCCACGCCUAAUUAAUUAAUUAAUCUAAAACAAUUUAGCACAAUUAAAUUCUUAUUUUUGAUGAUAAA